AUGUCCGGAAAGAAGAACCUACUUCUUUGUCUCGACGCGUUCGGCACACUCUUUCAUCCUUAUAAAACCAUCCCAGAAGCCUACGCACAAGCCGCAGCCCGUCACGGCAUCAACGUAGGCGACACCAAAACCCCCUCUGUGGUAGGUUCAACCUUCAGCUCCGCCUUCAAAAAAGCUUCUCAAGAGAACCCAAACUAUGGAAAGGCCACAGGCAUGGGUGCAAGGACGUGGUGGUCAAACGUCAUAGAAGAUACUUUCAAGCCUUUUCUCAGCGCAGGUCAACCCUUCCCACCUGCCCUUACCGAGGAACUUCUUCGCACGUUCUCCUCAAAUUCAGGAUACAAUCUGUACCCAGACGUUCUUACUUUUUUCAGAGUACUGCGAGCCCACUCGAAGAGAAACAAGCCUUCGGCCAUCUGGCCCUGGAAUAAAACCAUUGUGGGAAUCAUAACAAAUUCCGAUGACCGUGUCCCCGGUAUUUUGAAUUCACUGAAAGUCAAAACAAGCUCCCGUCGUUACGUCCCCGGAGCUCAGAAGAACAAAGAAGAACAACACAGAAACAAAUGGGUCGACGAUGUACAUUUCACUGUGCUAUCCUACGAUGUCGGCUUCGAGAAACCAGAUCGACGUAUCUUCAUUGCUGCCGAAAGGAUGCUAGCUCUCACACUGGAUAGCACAGGGUUCAGCUCGGAUACCCCAGCAUCAUCGUUCGAGAAACUUUAUGUCGGAGACGACCUGAUGAAAGAUGUUUUUGGCGCUGAAGAUGCGGGGUGGUCUAGUGUUUUAGUGAAGCGAGAUCAGUUUCCAUCAACGCUAUCGAAGGAAGAGUUUGAACAAGAGGGAGAAACUGGAGGGAAACGGACUGUGUCGACAGUGGGCAGUUUAAUGGAUCUAUGUGCAUGGAGACCGGGGAAAGACGAGACAUCUCUGGUGCGGUAUGCACUUAGCCAUCACCAGCUUCAGAGUGUGGUGGGAAAACGUGGGAAGAAGAGCGAAAUGAAAGGCAAUCGGAUCGGGAAGACGCGGACGAAGGCGGCAAGAAGGGAAAAAGGCCGAGACAACACAGACACUCACUCAACAACCAACAACAGCUACACAUAG